GAAGGUCUGACACGCUUGCCACUAAAGCAGCUCCACGGUGUUGAUCAGGGCACAAGCACAAUGUGAGUGCCCACCCCGUGUUCAGCCUGGCCGUGCAGAGUGUCAGAACCUGCGGCAGCGAGGGCUCUCCUGCUCCACUCACAGCACCACCAGCCUCACACCCCUCCAUGUGCCUCCUCACCUGUGGCUCUCUCCUAUGCUUUGCCUCCUUCCUAGAGCACCUGCCCCAGCACAGUUCUCAUCACUGUGCAGGUCCCAGGUCAGCCCUGCCUCCCCAGGAAGCCUCGCAGCUGCUGCCUCCUUCAGCUAUGCUCUCUGAACUCAGCAUGAGGAGGGUGUGGGGCAGGGUACAGUUUUUGGAGGGUAUGGCCAGGCUGGGCUGCAGCAGGGAGACACAGGAGGCUCUGGACCUGGAGUGUGGCAGAGAGGGAUGUAGAUCUGAAAUUAAUCAGGUACAGGACAGUCAGAGCUGGAAGCUAGGUAGGAAAGAGGUUUCCACUUGUAGUAUCUGCCACUCAUGCACAGGGGUCAGAGCAGAGGGGAUUGGUGACCCCACGCUUUCAAAUCUUGAGACCUGGUGCUCUAGAAACACCAGGAGCACUAGGGAGCCAGGGCAGGAGGUGACGAUGGCUGAUUUCCUGCUGUGCUUUGGAUGUCUCUGCCAGCAUCCUUUCCUAUGAUCUCAGGAAGUGACCAGCCCAGUAGCCAGCAGCUCCCUGGUGAUGAGGCAGGGUUUGAAUCCAUGUGGUCAGUCCCACAGCUGGCACUCUUGCCACCCCCAGCACUGCUUGUGUGGGGGAAAGAGCUCUGAUUUGAGUCUGUCCAUUAAGAUCCAUUGUCCUGGGCGGCGCCUGUGGCUCAGUCGGUAGGGCGCCGGCCCCAUAUACCGAGGGUGACAGGUUCAAACCCGGCCCCGGCCCAACUGCAACCAAAAAAUAGCCGGGAGUUGUGGCGGGCGCCUGUAGUCCCAGCUACUCGAGAGGCUGAGGCAAGAGAAUCGCUUAAGCCCAGGAGUUGGAGGUUGCUGUGAGCUGUAUGAGGCCACGGCACUCUACCAAGGGCCAUAAAGUGAGAUUCUGUCUCUACAAAAAAAAAAAAAAAGAUCCAUUGUCCUUCAUGGUACCUGAGGUCUUGUGCAAAGGGCCCUCCCAGCACUGGACUGGGACAGGGAACAGGGUCAGUGAGUGACACUUAGAAACAGAGAGAAUAACAGCACUGGUACCCGUCCCUUCAUCCAUCCAACAAGCAGUUUCUGAGCGCCUACACAGCAGCGCCCAGCAGGUUCUAUCCCAGAUCAUUCCAGCAGGGUGACUGCUCCCUGGUUUUCAGGUAUGACCUGUGGUCCUUGGGCCUUGACAGGUAAGGCUGAGUAUUCCCAUUUCACAGAGGCGGGGACCGAGACUCAGAGAGGUUGAGGAACUUCCCCAAGGUCACACAGCUAGGCAGUGGCAGAGCUGAGACUCAUGCCAGGUCUGUCUGAUGCCACAGCCUGUGUUCUUAGCCCUCAUUGUGUGAGCAGAGCAUUUGAAAGUGGCUUGGAAAGUUCUGUUUCUCAGGGGGGCCACUGAUGGCUCAUGUUGCUCUCACCCCUCAUUUGCUCAGCCUCCCAAGAGGAGGGGAACAGUAGGGUUGGUGAUUCUACGGUUGAUGUUGGCCCUCCAGUGUGUAUGUAUUUGGUGUUCUGGGAACUUGCCAUCCUCCGAUGUGCUCAGAACAGAGUCCUGCAGGAAAGGGCUACAGUGUGGCCCCCUUCCCUGCCUGCCUCAUUUUGAUGACCUCAUUGCACACCCACCCAUUAUCUGGAUACCUGGAAGUUCACCUUUUUUUGCUAUCAGUGGAUCCAUACCUGCCCAGAAGGAGGAAAAGGGCAGAUGUGCUGGGCAGUCACUGAGACCUGUGACUCCCCUGAUGACUCAUCAUGAAGAAGAAUUUGCCUAUUCAAGAAUCUGCACUCCAGACUCAAGAAUACUGUCAGACAGGCCAGAGCACACCAUGGCCACCCCACUGGAAGAUGUUGGCAAGCAGGUGUGGCGGGGCGCCCUGCUCCUGGCAGACUACAUCCUGUUCCAACGGGACCUCCUCCGAGGGUGCACCGUGUUAGAGCUGGGGGCGGGCACAGGGCUUGCUAGCAUCGUUGCAGCCACCGUGGCACGGACUGUUUACUGUACAGAUGUCGGUGCAGAUCUCCUGGCCAUGUGCCAGCGAAACAUUGCCCUCAACAGCCACCUGGCUACUGCUGCAGGUGGUAUAGUUAAGGUCAGAGAACUGGACUGGCUGAAGGAUGACCUCUGCACAGAUCCUGAGGUCCCCUUCAGCUGGUCAGAGGAAGACAUUUCUGACUUGUACGAUCACACCACCAUACUGUUUGCAGCCGAAGUGUUUUAUGAUGACGACUUGACUGAUGCUGUGUUCAAAACACUCUCCCGACUCGCCCACAGGUUUAAAAAUCCCUGCACAGCUAUUCUGUCAGUGGAGAAGAGGCUCAACUUCACACUGAGACACUUGGAUGUCACGUGCGAGGCCUACGACCACUUCCGUUCCUGUCUGCGGGUACUGGAGAAGCUGGCGGAUGACAAGCUGCACUUUGUGGUGGAGCCCGUGGAGGCCUCCUUCCCUCAGCAUCUUGUUUACGAGCGCAUUCGGCAGCUGGAGCUCUGGAAAGUCAUCGCAGAACCGAUAACGUGACCUGCGGCAGCUCAAGUAUUCUCAUACGUUUCUAAUAAAAUCAAACUCUCACCAGA